CUUUUUCACCCAUCCUCUUGUUCUGUGCGUUCGCGGUCGCAUGCAUGUGUUUUUCGUGUCGCGAAGUGCGGUGAAAAUCUCGAGAUAAAAGUGUUUUUUUCCGUGGGAACCUCAAUGUAAACCGAACGAAACCGGCUAGAAUCUUUUCGGUGCCAGCAAAACACUGAAUUUUUCUUGGAACUUCGCAACGGAAGUGUGCAUUUUGAACUUUGAGUUUAUAAUUUCUGCUUUAAACUUUCCAACUACGCGGCGCAGCAAGCUCUGUGUGAAUGGAUUCCGAUCCCGAGGUCGUGCUGGUGGAUAAAGUGGACGAGGACGAAAUUUCAACCGAUAAGGACAGCGGAAUGGAAUCGGCUAGCAACAGCAAAGAUGACACACCGGAACGCAAAACGGCUACGUUAGAGGAGUUGUUGCAGGAAGAUGCGGAGGAGGAAACUGCUCCAGCUCCGAGUGCACCAGUUGCAGCACCAGAACCAGCCCCCGCCCCAGCCCCAACACCAGCAGCAGCAGCAGCACCAAAGCCCCAACCGGCAGCUAGUACAACCUCAAAGGCCACGGCACCAGCUGCUAUCAAAAGCAAGGACGACGAUUUCGAUGACGUAAGUACUAACAUCGUCUUUUUUUUAUCUUUUGUCGCAUUCGCUCGCAUUGCUUUCUUUCGGGUAUCGUCACGAUGUUUGGGUGUGCUAAUUUCUUGGGGUGUUUUCUUUUACCACACAUCGACUGAACGAUGACGAAAUUAGGAUUCA